AUGGCACCCGUCAGGACUAUGCGUAAUAUCCUCAUGGAGUUGAGGAAAAUAUGUCAACAUCCAUAUUUGACAACACCUGAUUUAGAAUCAUUCGAUAUUCCAGAAAAAGACCAACAUGAUCAAUUGAUAGAAGCAAGUGGUAAAUUGAAAUUCCUCAAAUUACUUUUACCUAAAUUGAAAGAAAGAGGACAUAGAGUAUUACUUUUUAGUCAGUUCAAAAUAGCAUUGGAUAGAAUCGAAGACUUCCUUUAUGAAGAAGGUGUGAAAUUCCUUCGAUUAGAUGGUGAUGUCCAGCAAGCUCAAAGACAAAAAUCAAUGGAUCUUUUCAAUGCUCCUAAUUCAGAAUUCGAUGUCUUCCUCUUAACUACCAGAGCAGGAGGUGUUGGGAUCAAUCUGGCUACUGCAGAUACAGUGAUCAUAUAUGAUCCGGAUUUUAACCCGCAUCAAGAUCUUCAGGCAAUAGCAAGAAGUCAUCGAUAUGGUCAGAAGAAGAAAGUCUUAGUGUUCAAAUUGAUGGUCAAAGGUUCUGUAGAAGAAAAUAUCAUCAAUAAAGGUAAAAAGAAGAUGGUGCUCGAUCAUUUGGUCGUACAACAAAUGGGGAAAGAAUCGGAAGAAGGUGAUAUUGAUGAUCUCCUCCUACGAGGUGCGGAAGCAGUGUACGCGAAUCAAGGUGGAAUGAACGUCCCGGAUAUAGUCUAUAACUCAAAGAACGUGGAUGAGUUGAUAGAUAAAGUAGAAGCGGAUGCCGAUUUAGAAGCUAAGGCGAUAGAAGAAAGAGACAAGGCCAUUGCAGAAGGAAGGGAAGAAGCUAUAAAUUCUAAAUCAACUCAACAGUUUGGUUUCGCCAAGAUCUGGGAAGCGGGUCAAAACCAAUUGAUGAAUAUCACAGAUGAUAAUGAUGGUGAUGAUGAAGGAACCAGAGAAACUGAUUGGCAAGCUAUAAUAGAAGCUAUGGAAAAAGAAAGUCAAAUAAGACUCGACUCAAUGACACAAGGUCCAAGAGGAAGACGUAAAGCAGCCGAAAGAAUAACUUUUACCGAAAAUGGAAUUGAGGUAGGUGGUACAUUAGAAGAUAAAACACCCGAAAAGAAAAAGAAGAAAUGGAAGGGAAAGGGGAAAAUGGUCAAUCAGUCUGGUUCAGGUUCAGGAUCAGAUUAUAAUGAUAAUUCUCAACCGCCGGAUAUCCCAAGUGAGAGUGAUGAGUUUUCAGAUUCAUUCAUUCCUGAAGAAUUGAGAGCGUUGGAUUUACCUGGGAUCAAAAAGAUGUCAAAGAGAGAUAAAUUCGAAUGGGAAGCUGCUAAGGCUGUACAGACAAUCCGUGACGGACCCAUCCCAAGCGUUCCUGCACCUAGUAAUUUCCCUCUACCACUAUCAACUCCAGGGCCAUUACCGACAAACAGUAUGUUCUCACAAGGUCAGUCACAACCAGCAGCUUCAACUUCAUCUAAAAGACCCGGUGAAACUACGGAAGAGAAGACGGCUAGACGAAUACGCCGUCGCAUCGAGAAGCAAAAUAUCAAGUCUGGACCACCGAUCGCUCUUGUCAAUGGUAUAAACCAGAUUGCUUUGCCUCAAUCGACAAAUCACCAUAGCCGGCCCGCCUUCCACCCUCAUCAACACUUCCACCCUCAUCAACAACAGCAACACCCAUUUGCAGAGGCACAGCAGAUUCUUUCCUUCCUAUACUCCAUUUUGAGGGAGUUUGGUGACGAGAAAGGCAUUCGCAGGUGGGGUCUAAUAGCCUUGCCUGAGCUUUCAGCACAAGAAAGGAUGAAUCGAUAUAACUUAUUGGCGGUAGACACAGAUUCCAAGUUAGUUUCUCUAGGUCAACCUAGAUAUUUCUCCUUACCCGAACAAACCAGAACUGUUUUACCUUUAUUCGAUGCUCGUGGAAACGUGAUACCCGAUGGUGAUUUAUCCGUACCGCCCAUACCUCUUCAAGCUGGUCUCCAUCUUCAACCAAAUAGGAUCAUCGCUACUCCUGCAGCCCCUCCACCUCCCGUUACAAAUGGCGCCAUCGCAGGUCCAUCUCGUGCACUACAAGCUUCCAAGUCAUCCGAGUCUCUCUUCAAUAAUCUGAUGAAUGUCUCCCCUUCAACAUGUCAAUUCUGUUUUGGAUUCCAUCAACUGAAAGAUUGCAAGAAUUUGACUAGUGUGGCGGAUUUAAAAGGUAUCAAAAAAGCGAUUUUGAACAAUCAUGAGACUCCCGGAGAAAAAAAGACCGCAUUGAAAAACAUUGAGAAAACUCAAAAAUGGUUGAUAAAAGCUGGAAAGUUGUCACAGCCUUCUCCCCCUUCAGUACCUGAAAGUGUACCUGAACCUGAGACAGGCCCAUUUACGAUGAAUCGGAUCACACCUACGACGUCGAUCAACUUGAGUCAAAGUACCAACAGUCGAACUUUCAGUAAUGGUCAUUCCGGAACGUUAUCGCGAGCAGCCUCACAAUCACAGAUAAAUCCGCAACCCCAAGCACAGAUCAUAGAUAUAGCGCAUUCACCUCUUCCAGUUUUCCCUCCCCCCCCAGUGAUUCGGGGUGAUGUUGACCUCUGUCCAUUCUGCAAAUCCAACUGUGGAUUACCUAUUCGAAUGUGCGUAGACAAGAAUGGAGGCGGUAGGAAAGCAUUAAAAGCGAAAAUCAGGAAAUGUGAAGAAAAAAUUCAAGGUGGUGAUGGAAGCGAGACAUUAAGGAGAAUCCAGUUGGCUUUGUAUGAAGUAUAUAAAGAUUGGCCUAGAUAA